GCAGAAUCUUCAGGAGGGAUGCGCCGAAGCGGGCAGCAGAUUCCAUAGAAGAUGUAACAUGGGCGGCACCCGUGCCAGUUCCGUAGCCAUUUUCGCUAAAGUUUGUCUCUUCUCGAGGCCGUAAGCGCGCCCUCGCUUGCUGGUGCUGCGACACGUGUCGACCAUAUGUUGCUGCUCGGUGGCGUGCUGGAACUAUUCUUCGGGCCCGCGGAGACCAAACAGCUGGACACAUUGGUGGACCACACGGACACCGCGAUUGGUCAGACGGCAGAGGAGGAGGCCGCGCCAGAGGCAAACGCGGUCGAACCGCUCACCGCCAGCAUGUUGCGGGAAGGCAUGGACGCGUCAGCUGCUGACAUCCUGCCUUGGGAUGGCCGUCGGUUUAGAAGAGUGAAGCAUCUGCAGGAUGCCAAGCGAAACCACGACUGUGUGGAGCUCAUGCGCGAGAGUGGGACUUUCGUGGCCGUGAAGAAGAUGCCGACGAGGUGGAUCCGCGGCUCGCCAGACGAGUUCGACUCGCGGUACCCGGACGCCGUGGAGAAGCCGUGGAUGGACGUGGGCCUCGUCAGGCGCCUUAACGAGAUCAGCUACCCGUACUCUGUCAAACUGCUGGGCGUGUUCGCGGACGAGAAGACGAAGAGCACCUACGUGGUCAGCUCGCUGGCGUCCGAGGGCGACCUCUUCGCCUGGUGCGACCGCGAGCCGAAGCCUGGCCUAAGGAGGGAGGCAGCGAUGCACCCUCUCGCGAGUCAGAUCUUCAAGGGGGUGAGAUGGCUGCAUGACCUCGGAAUCGCUCACCGGGAUCUGUCCCUGGAGAAUAUAUUGCUCCACAAUGAGAACGGUGCAUUGAGGAUCAAGAUCAUAGACUUCGGAAUGGCCACGCUGGACCGAGUGGCGUCGGCGUCGUCCAGCGUGGGGAAGCAGUCAUACCAGGCCCCAGAGGUCCACUUGUCGCAGCCCUAUGACAACAUCAUGACAGAUCCAUUCUCGCUUGGUGUGGUGCUGUUCGCCAUGGCCGCGCAGGACUACCCUUGGAAAUCUACCAAGAGGAAUACCUGCGAACUCUUCGAGUACGCUAGCUUGUUUGGUUUCACGAAGUUUCUCGGCAAGCGUCGGCUGCGCAAGGGCGCCGGCGAGAGUUUGGCCGAGGUCUUCUCUCCGAAUUUCGCGGCUUUGCUGGCGAGCCUCCUUGCCACAGACGUGGAGAAGCGGUUCAACCUCGGCGAGAAGUGCUUUGACACUCCCGAGAACGGCAGUUAUCGAAAGAACAGCGUUUGGGAUUGCAAGUGGAUGCAGCAGCCUUUCGCCACAACGACAGAGGUCGGAGCAGUGGCCUCAUGUACCGGAUGCAUCUGACUGGCUUCUCGUCCACCGCCCUUGUUGGCGGUUACUGAUUGCAAUGAUCCGCACAGGGAGUCGUGUUUCUAACGUUGCGCCAGCAUCUUGACAGAAAUCUUGCACGCAGCAUUAUUUCAUGUUCUCUCCCUUCUCCGCUCGCGAACCUUUUGCUCCUCCUUGUCUUGCCGUUAGCCCGGUACAGCCAGCAUUUCAUGUUUGCAUGUCUACUAUUUGAUUCGUUCUCCCCCUCCUGUGGCUCUGGUCAGCCUUUCAUGCACAUUCUGGCCGUGUGCGCAGCACCGAGGGCCCGGUGUUCUGAAGCGCCGGCGGGUGUCAGGAGGGUCCCGGAGGUUGCCAGGAUCUUUGGCUGCUGAGGCGAUCCUCCGAAGUUCCGAGGGGCAUUGCUACCCUGGUGGCGGGAGGUGCGCCCAGAGCGACGGGCGUUGUUCAUCAAACUGUUUAUAUGUAGAAGCUUCCCCAUAUCGAGCCUACAGAGCUGCCAUCCCUCGCUUAUACGAGGGGGGCCUCUGGAGCCUCUUCCACUGACAGCUUUCGCACUUCGCAACCCCAAUGUUGAAAGCAAACGACCCCGUAGACUUUGUCUUGCAGCUUCCCAAUUUGGGCACCAG